AUGGAAGACAUGGAGCUUCCAGAUAUUCCUGGUUCAAAUGCUCGAAACAACGAUGGGAAUAUUAUAAAGGCUGAUCAAUUUACAAGGAAAAAGCUUCGAGGUAUAUUACACCUCAUCACUGGAGAGCUAAAAAGUCGUGGUACUAAAACACCUCAUAUAUUCUUACCUUUCAGAUCAAGAAUAGAUGAUACCAAGCUUGAGCAAUUUAUUUCCAGAAUUUUUCCUCGGGGGGAACUAAUCAGUAUGUAUGACGAGGUUGAGGUAGUUGAAAUUUUGAGAAAGUUUGAUGAAUUUACUUUGAUAUGUGGGUUAAAAUAUUUAUGGAGUAGGCUAACAAACAACGAAAUUAUUGGAUGGGAUGUUUAUCUUGAGUAUAAGCGGAAAGAGAAAGAAGCAGGAUAUCCAAAGGGAGCAUUUUUGAGCAUUAUGCCUAAGUGCCUAUCGUCACCGGCACAUGCGUCGAUUGUUUAUGAUUUUCUUGAUCUUUUGAUAUCUAUUGCUUCAAAUUCACAGUAUAACUAUUUAAGUGGAAGAAAGAUUGCUAAGAUGUCAAGUUUGUGGGCAUUCAAUGGUUCUACGAAACCUCACCAAUCUCCAUUCUACGAUGCUACUCUAAGUAAGGAAAAUACUUUUAUAGACGGAUUGGAAUAUUGGAAGCCUUCAUCAGAAGCAUUAUUUCACUUAUUAUUGUCAUUUUUGAGGGCAAUGCUUCCUGACAAUGAAACUGAUACUCUUAAACUUCCAAAGACAUUGCAAUCGUUGUUGAUCACAAAUUCUUAUCCCCCAUUGGAAAAUACCGAUUCAAUAAAGUCUAUAAUAACUAUCCCCUGCGUGGUAAUCAAAUCAACUAAAGUAUCAUCGAAUGUUUAUGAGUUAUUAAGUAAGGUUAGAAAUACCAUUUCUUUUAGCAAGAAAGAUUCAUUCUUGUCGAUGGAAAAUUACACUAUUUUGAAGAAUAUUUUCCAAAAAUCUUCUACAAAUGAAAUAGUAUCAUCUUUGACUGAAGAAUCUAGAAGAAUCUUGACUAGAUUAAAUUCAGAUCCGAUUGAUUCCAAUUAUAAUUUAUAUCCCGGAUGGUCCAAGCCAGACCUUGUCACUGAUCCAAACAUACCUUUAUUUUCACAAAUUAAUAUCGAGGACGUUUCCUUGCAAGAUUAUUAUAUAUGGACUUGGCUUUCUUCGCUUGCAUCUGACCAAACAUCCCAUAAUAAAAAGCUAUUUGGAAGAUCAAUUGUGGUAGAAGCAAGUCUAAAGGGUUUUCAAAAAUGGAUGAUUAUUACAGAACAAGUUUUAGAUUCCGAAGAGUACAUAAGACAUUUCAAUGGCUCUUCAUUCGAAAACAAUAAACGCGUUAUAAGUAACGAAAGCUACAAAAAUAUGCCAUUACCUCCUCCCCCCCCUCCAUCUAAGGAUAGUGAUUUGUUACCAAAGUAUAGGUUUAAUGAUGAUGAUUUUAAGAUUCAAGUUCUGGCAGAUGAUGACGAAUACAUUUAUCCAACCCAAGUUAACGAUGAGGAAUUAAGUGACUACAGGAAGUAUCUUGAAUCACUAAGUGAAAGUCAAGAGAAUGAAUUAACGAGCAUUUUCAAACAAAAAUCUAGCUUGGCAAGUAAUAAUGAUAAGAAAGCUACGCACAGACCUCCACCUCCACCUCUAGAUACAAAAGAAGUAAAUGAUAGACAACAACAUAAUAACAAUGCAACUCAACUGCAUUUAACUGAGUAUGAUUUGCCUCCUCGUCCUUAUCAGCCUCAUUUAUAUGAAACGGAACCACAUCAACCAAACGUUUCACCAAUACCCGACCAAAAUAAUUUGAAUGCUAUGAUGCGUGGCUCUAAAAAUCUAUCAUCAUCAAGUGCUAUCAGUUCAAGUGCAUCUCAAUACAUGACUCCGGAAGGAUCAAGUUCACCACAAAAGACAAAUGAUCCUAAUCCGUAUUAUACUAAUGGUAGCUUUUCCCCUGAUCAAGUUAGUAAUUCUGGCUUCAAAGAACCAUACGAGAACUAUGAAACUGAGUCUGAGAGGUAUGUAAGAUUAAAACAUCAAAAAUCGGAAGAACCGUAUGACGAUUAUCAUGUAGCUGGCUUAAAUGCAGCAAAGCAUGAUUACGAAGAACAAAACCAAAUAGACCAUUAUCAGCCUCCUAGAGCUUAUGAAGAUAAUUCUUCAUCAAGACCAGUCGAUAGUCACACCCCGCAUGAACCAAUCGAUGUGCAUGCAUCAAGUCCUAAAAACAAACAACUAUCUCCAAUACCGGUUGAAAAAGAUCUUCCACAAGUGAUAGUUAAUCAUGAGACUCAUUUUGAACCAGCUAGAAAUGAUCAACUGCCGGUACGUCCAAAAAUGGAAGUGCAGGGUAUUUCUGAUGAGGUAAACGAAAAUCAUAAGAUUAAUGAUACACACAUGCCUACAAUGACAUAUCAUGAUCAAACAGAAGCAUAUUCCGAGCAAGAUCCAACCGUAGGUGAUAUCAAGAAGGAAGAAAAGAAGAAGAAGAAAAAACACAAAAAGAAGAAAGAUCAACAAUCUCCAACGCACAACAAUGGACUGUUCAGUCCCCAGCAUGAAUCAUUUUAUGGAAAUCUACCACCAGGGCCACCACCACUGCUUGGAGUGUUUCCACCAGGACCACCACCACCGGGACCACCGCCUCCAGGUAUAAUUCCACCCUUUUUGGAAUCAAAUUCUUCUGAAAUUCCACCUUUCUUCCCCCCUGGUCCUCCACCUGGAAUGAAUGAACCAGUGAAAGAGCCGCAGGUUCAAAACAAGACAAAGAAAAGGGUUAAAAAAACUAAACAAUCUACCGCUCAACCUCAAGAAGAAGGUGUAGCUGAGUCUAAUCUGAUGCCUAUGGAGCAUGAUAAGAAUUUUAACGAUACUAAAUCGCCUCAAUUACACUUUGAUAAAUCUGAAAAGAACCCGGACACAAUUAAUCCACAACCGGGUUUCGAUUCCCCAGAAUCUUUUCAAGAUCAAGUUAAGUAUAACCCAAGAAAAAUGACACCACCCAAUAACUACUCUGAACCUAAUUUGCAACAUCAGGUACAACAUCCAAAUAUCCCACAACAGCAGAUACAACAUCCAAAUAUCCCACAACAGGAGAUACAAAAUCCAAAUAUUCCACAACAGCAUUCAACAACUCCUCAUAUAAAAAUAAAUAAUGAGUAUCAAACCGGACCUCAGCAAGCGAGAAGACAAAGCCCGCCGCAAGCUCAGUCACUACAUCUGUCUGGACCAAAGUAUACUCAACAAAUGCCACCAAAUACGGCGCAUGGAUCGCGUUCUGUUCCUCAUUUAAUGGGGGCCCCAGCUCCACAUCCUGGGUCACAGUCAGCACCUCAUUUACCGUUGCAACAAGACUAUGCAGUUCAACCCCAAACCAUGUCUCCACGCAUGAGAAGUAAUAGCCCCUAUAUUAAUGGGAAACCUCACAAUAAUAACCAAGCUCGUCCUCCACAAGGUUAUCCGCAGAAUCCUUCUGUUCAACAUCAACAUUAUCAGCCAACGAGCAAUCUGUAUGUCCAACCACCUCCAAAUGUAAAUUAUUACCAGCAACCACCUAAUGUUGAUCCAAAUAUGGGCCAUUACCAGUCCCCUGGCCCUAUGAAUUCGACUCCUAUGCACCCGCAAGUUUACUAUCCCCCAGGGCCCCAGCAUCAGCAAUAUUAUCCUCCACCACACCCUCAAAUGGUAUCCUCACAAAGAAUGCCUGCUAGAACUUAUGGUCAACCACCUUCGAAUAACUUGCUGAUGAUGAAUGUGCCAUCAGGUGUGAAGCAUAAGAAGAAUGGGAAGAGUAGUAAGGCAGAUCUAAGGGCUGCCUUUAAUCAAAGUACAUUUGGAAUUUGA